CGAGGCUUUUUUUGCCACCUCGUGCUUCAGAACGGAUAUCCUCUCAGGCUCGCUCUGCCGUUCCUUUGUGCUCUCCGCGGCGGAGUCUCGGCCGCCUCCGCGACCCCCUUCUCCUCAGAUCCGGCAGCUGCGGGGUUAAUGUUUAGCAGAGGCAGAGAGUUGUAAGGGGGGAGGGAGGAGGACCGGCGCGGAGGCGGGGGGCUACUCCACAGAUGUUGUAGUAGGCAGGCCGCGCCGGCUCGCUCGCAGGAAAUCCUCCUCGCUCGUCCGGGAACAAUGGGAGAUGCCGCGGCCGCCUCCGCGCGCUCUCGCCCGCCGUCUUUCUCCGAGCGUCGUCCUCGCUGUUGAAAAAGCAGCAAAUUGUCAGCACCCAGAAAUGCCAGGCGGCAGUUGUCGUACUUCCGCGCCGCCUCCAACGCGUGACGGGAAAGCCGAGCCGUUUGCUUCUAUCGUUGGAAGAGCGAGGUGCCUGAUGGGAGUGUGAAUCUUCUUCACUGCUCAAAGGGGAGCUGAAAACACAGAUGAGAACGAUGUCGGGAGAGGCGGAGCAGAGAACGUGCGACGAGGACUUUUGCUCGGACGAGGAAGCGGACGUGGAGUCUUACCUAGAGGACAACAGUAGCGAGCUUAUGGAUCGGCUGAAGGAGCUAGAGGCAGAAAACUCGGCCCUGAUAUUGGCUAACGAGAGUCAGAGAGAAGCCUACGAGAGAUGCCUGGAUGAGGUGGCCAACCACGUGGUGCAAGCUCUGCUCAAUCAGAAGGAUCUGAGGGAAGAGUGUAUCAAGUUGAAGAUGUUGGUGUUUGACCUGGAGAAACAGAACCGAGCACUUUGUGAGCUAUUUCAACAGAAGCUGCCCCAUCAUCCCACUGCUCACUACCAGGUCCAGGCGGGGCCCCUCCUCGACUACAAUGCAGCGCUGCACAAUGACUCCGCCAAGCAUUUGGAGGCAGCUCAGAGCGAAGCACAAGCCAAGGGGAACGGCUACCGCACCCAGCACUCCUCCCCGGGCCCCCGAGGCCCUGUAGCCUCCAUGGAGGCUCUUUCUCCCUUCUUUAAGAAGAAAGCACACAUCCUCGAAGUACUGCGCAAGAUGGAGGAGACGGACCCUCUCAAGUUCCACCCGGCCACCUCCAGCUUGUCUUUCUGCGACUACAGUCAGGUGCUCGUGUCCACGGAGGCCGUUUUAGCCUCGGCGGACCCGCUACAAUGCAAAUCCCAGCAAACGCACCGCCACUGCUCCCGCUCGGACACCGACGCACUCCGACAUGUCAACGGGGACGGGGCGGCGAUGUGCGAGGGGGGUAACGCGUGUUGUUUACACUGCAAGAGGAGCCCGGAUGCAGCACCGCAAGCACGCGCCGCCCAAAGCGGUGGCACGCCCGCAUCCUCUUCCGACGAAUGUCAUGCAAAGAGCCAAACGGCGGAAUGUGUCCCGCCCCCUAAACAACGCGGCAAGAAUGACUCUCAUUCAAAAGCGGCAAACGGUGCCGAAGCUGCUAACCAGAGCCAGGAGGGGGCGCAGCAGGAGCAGGAAACCGAAGAGCUCACCGGCUUCUCCCCGGUCCCGCAGGUUCCCGCUUCAGAAGGCGAGGCGGGCGAUGCCGCGCCGCACCACUCGGACGAAUCCUCCUUGGAACCGGAGACGGUGCGGGCGGACGCCUCCGUGAGCCCCAGCCCCUCCUGCCUCAGCGACGUCAAAGCCGCCGCCAUCAACUCGCCAUCCAAACUUCUCAAGUUCCUGAAGAUUCCCUCCAUAGGGGACAAGUGUCAGGCCUCAAAUCCCGUCGUGAGACUGAGCCCCCAACUCACCCGUAGCUCCAGAAUCCCUUGUCGAACGAACACCUACGAGGUGUACCACUCUCCCGUCCCCACCCGUCGAGCCACCACCACGGAGCGGUGCAGGCAGCCGCCACCGCCGCCCACGAGGUCCGAGUCUUACCCUGCCACGCACACGUCCCCUCAACAACCUGAGGACGCCUGCCCCCCGCCUGCUAAAGGCAGCUUCUCCGCAUCCAAAACAAAGACUGUCGCACCCUCCUCCUCCCCCAAAGUAGCAGACAGUGUCCCGCUCUAUGAAAACAUAUGCGAUUUGUCCACCAAACCACGAGCAGAGGAGCCUAUCCACGCUCUGGAGAAAAGAACCACUCUUCCAGCGCCAACAAAAAACAACGUCGGCGAAAGAAAACUGGUGAAAUCCCUCCCCGAAAGCGUCCUAGCUGCGACUGCCCAACAAAAGGUGUCGUCAUCCUCUGCAUCAGAGUCCUCGUCGGAGGACGAAGAGGAUUCCUACAGUUCGGUGUGGGUCAACCACCAGGGCCCGCCCGACUCAACGACUCAGUGCGGAUCCGAGUACUCUCAAAACCGAGAGGAGGCGGGCACGCAGAACUGCGAGGCGACUAGGCCACCGCCCCCGGCCAGAAGAACCGACUCGUCUUCCAUUCCCAAGAGGCCCGCGGCAGUGUCCAAGUCUCAAGCGGAUUCGAGUCACCACGCGUUCAAAGACAGGCUGGCGGCGCUGGGCAAGCUGAGGAGCUCAGAGGACUUACAAGCGGGCUCGAGGCCGGUAGACGUGGCCAACGAGACCGCCGAGGACAGGAGUAAGACGGCUGAGAGGCACGUCGAACUCUAUAAAGAGGAACAGAGACUUUCGAAGUACACGGACUCUUUGGACGGGAAACCUCGAGGUAGCGGCGGAGGUUUGAAGUACCAGGGCGUCUCCCAGCUUUAUGAGCAAGGAGGCAAAUCUCCCGUUUCUUCCGGUCUGGUUAAGCAGGAGCUCUGCGUGAGCUCUAAGACUAAGAUCGGGCUACCGUCGCCGAAUGCGGACGCUCCGCAGGUACUGCGAAACAACAUCAAGUGUCCCGGCUCGCUAUACCUGCCCUACAAUGUGAAACCCGGUACUCAAAGUAGCAUCAGUCCCAACAAAAUCCCUCCAAAAUCACCGUCCAAACCUUGCCAGGGUCCUUCCGUCCACAGACCUAGCAAACCCGCAGACGCCCCGCGGUACUCCUCCAAGUCGGCGGAACGAAGCAAAAUCGUCUGCAAAGGUAAGAAAAACCCCGUGUACGGCGACAGCCUCCCGCCGCCUCCUCCCAGGCCGCCGACGUCCGAAGGGGAAAAAGCAGCGGCGGCGCCCGGGCCCAGCCCGCAGUCGGCCAUUGAGCAGAAGGUGAUGAAGGGCAUCGAAGAAAACAUGCUCAAGCUCCAAGAGCAGGACCGCGGGGCGCAACCCAGUGAGGCCAAGCAGAAAGCGUCCAACGGGAUCGCCAGCUGGUUCGGACGCAAGAAAAGCAAGCUUCCCGCACUGAGCCGCAAGACGGACGCCGCCAAAGCCAAAGACGAGAAACGAGAGUGGAAGAUAAACAUCCCGUCGGUGGGGAAAGAGUCGGUGAAGAUGGCCGGCAGGUGUCAAGAAGGAGUGGAAGGCCUGAAUAUCUCCACGUUGAUGGAGAAGGCGGAGGGCCUGCGAAGGGCUCUGGAGGAAGAGAGGGCCUACGUCGAGAGGUCUGGCAGGGGUCACUCGUGCGAGGUGGUGAUGGACCAGGCUCAAGGACAGCUGGCCGUCAUGUAUCGGGGCGGGCGCUCCGACAACUUCAUGCAACAGCUGCUGAACAGAGUGGACGGCAAGGAAGUCGUGAGCGCACCGCAGAGGAGGCUCUCGUUCGACUGCAAGACAUCCAGGCCGCUGUUCGCUCAGCAAAGCGAUGUCGUGGUCGGUCACGUUGGCAGCGGGGAUGACGUGGAAAAGGCGUCCCGUCGACUAGGCAAGAUCACUUCGGACGAGAACCUAUCCGAUUCGGUUCACUCGACGCACUUUGCAGAUUCCGGCGCGUCGACGUACACGCUAGACAGCGGCAUCGGCACCUUUCCGCUACCCGACGGGGGCGGCGCGGCAACGGGGCGCGGUCUUUCCAAAGGCAAGGCGGAACCGCGUCCGUUCGCCUCGCCGGGGAGGUCGGGGCGACGAGCCCGCACUUUGGACAGGGACCCCGCGUCGCAGGAGGAGUUCUAUUCGGCGCACAAGCAGUCCGCCGCCAACGCGAAUCUGACCUCCAAGAUGGAGGGAAGAAGCUCGGCCGGUGACAUACGAGAAGAUAAUGAGGCGCACAGAGCACACGUGUUCUCCACGCACUCCAAGACGUGGACCUUCCCAAACCUGAAGACUCCAGCGGGACAGGCAGAGGUCUACCUGGCCGUAGAAGAGGAGGGCGAGGAGGUGGUGUCCUUCGCCGCGCCCUUCAGAGCCAGCCUGAAAGCCGGCGGGGCAUCUCCCAGCCGCGUAGCGGAGCCCGGCGGCGCCCCCGCGCCGACCCAGUCGGGAGCCAGCCGGAGGACGAAGGGCCCCCGCGCUCCCGGCGGCGUGACGGAAGUGGGCCGGGACGCCGGCUUGGAGCUGCUCAGGGAACGUCCGGAGGAAGCGCUGUCGCCAGGCCGGCCCCAGGUUCUGGAGACGCCGGAGUCCCUCAGCGACUCGCUCUACGACAGCCUGUCGUCGUGCGGUAGCCAAGGGUGACCGACGCCAAAACGGGCCGGGACCGGACGUCUCCUCAGGAUCUCCCAUGUGAAACCAAAGCCACCGAAUGAAUGAAGGUGUGCGAAAAAAGACGGCUCGGCAUGUCUGGACUACAAAAGCGCGUGGGCGAGCUCACCGAUAGCACAAAAUGCGACAUCUGGCUAGUUAGUGUCAUUGGUUAACCGGGACUCAUUUCACGAUGUCAUGUACUUGAAGGAAAAAAAAAAAAACUCCUAAAGUUAAAAAAUAGCAAAAGAAUGUCGGUCUGUUUUUUUAAAGCGGUCGGUCACAUUUUCAAUGUACAAAUGAUGAUUUUAUUGGAUUUUUGCGACCACGUCCUGCAUUUAAAGAUAAUAUAUACCAGCAAUAAUAACAGAGAUAUGGCUUCGAUUAAUACUUCUAUUUAUUUAUUUGAAUUUUUUUUUUUGUAAUCUUUCUGUGAAAAUGGAAGUUUCCUGGCUUUCCGACAUGUGUUGCCGUUUGUCCACGUUAGACGAUUAGCUCCCUUUUCAACUUUCUAUUAAAAGCUUUUCAUUUACC